CUGGGAAACACAUAAGUGCCAAUUCAUCCUGACUGUUGAGCAGUCGUUCAUAGACUUUAAGAAGGCAGGAAAACUGUCUCUUUUUGGUGGGCCACCCCAUCCCCCUGCAUCACCAUGUCCAAGUACCUGAGGCAUUUCACCACGGUGGGUGACGACCACACAGCCCAGUGGCAGGAUGAGAAGCUACAUGAAGCUAGUGAGGAGCUGGGACCAGCCACAGGACAGAUGCCCCAGGGGGAACUCUCCUUCAGAGACUCCCUGAAGAUGCUCUACAGCUCCGACAAAUUCCAGAUAGUUGUGGUGUGCCUGGUCAUCCUGGAUGCCAUCUUUGUGCUGGUCGAGCUACUGAUUGACCUAACAAUCAUCAAUUUGGAGCAUGGACACAUUGCCCCUCAGGUUUUCCACUACCUGAGUCUGGCUCUUCUCACCUUCUUCAUGGUGGAGCUGGCUGGGAAGCUCUUUGCUUACCAGCUGGAGUUCUUCCAUCACAAGUUUGAGGUAUUUGACGGGCUGGUAGUGAUUGUGUCCUUCAUCCUGGACAUUGUGUAUAUCGCCAGUGAAGAUGCCUUCGACGGUAUGGGCCUCCUGAUCCUCCUCAGGCUCUGGAGGGUGGCCAGGAUAGUCAACGGUAUCCUGGUGUCUGUGAAGGCAAGGGCCGAUCACAAAGUUCACAAACUGAAGGAGAGCAAUGAUCAACUGGUCCAGCAAGUUAGCGAGCUACAAGAGCGCAGCGGCAAGGCGGAACAAGAGAACAGUAAACUGCGGGCUCUCCUGCGACAGCAUGACAUUGAGUACUGAUGCAGGAAGAGGAACAAGAUGCCAUUUUCAUUAUCCACUUCUAAAGUUUUAUUGGAAUUGAUCAAUAAACAAGGGCAUAUUCUGAAAAGUGUUGACCAUC